AUGCCCAACCCCACCCCCACAGAUCAAGCCAUGACAGUCGAAAGGGGCCCUUGGAUGGGAACGUUUGCAGCUUCAUUCCCACUCGAUCCCAAAUGGGAUAUCAUACUUGGCAAUCUUCCUGUUUCUAUCAGGGAUAAAGUCGACAUCGCGCGAACAGUACUUCACAAAGAUAUUGGUACUGAACUGGAAGAAAAGUUUCAAAUCAAAUCCCUCCUCAUAGCCACAAUGGCCCAUGGAGACCUGAAAACCGGUUCUAGUAUUAAUGCGCUUACCGUCGGCGUCUCUUAUGAUGGCCUGACAGUGGGAAAGGUUGACGGAAUCAUGCAGGUUUUAGCUGAGAUUCUGAAGCGCCAGGAUGAUCUUCAAGUCAUGCUAGUACACUCAGUCAUGGGUUGGUCUUUGGGUAGUCUGCCUAUCUACUGA